CUACAAAAUAUGCUGAGUAAGUGUAAAAAAAGUGGGCUGGACUUGGGAAAUGCAGAAUGACCUCAGCUAAGCUGCACUAAAAGUAGCCUGGAAAUUCCAACAGCUUAGAAGCGUUGAUUCAGUGGAGUGAGUGAAUCUUUACCUGAAUUAGGUUUUGUUUGUUGACUGGAUUUUGUUGCAGCACUUUUUAAAAAAAAAAAAGCUAUGAAGGUGCUGAGCAAGGAGGAGCUGAAGAAAGCUGAGGAAGCUCUCAGAGAUUACUUUCCCCAGUCACAGCAGGCAUACGGUUUUGUUUUUAUGAUGAAUCGAGUUGAAGCCAGUCACACAGAUGUGCUGGUGGACCGCUGGCCUGAUUUUAACGUCCUAUUCAUCAGACCACAAAGGCAGGAGAAAGCAGACUUUUUCAAAGACAUGUCCGUUUUUUCCAAGGAUGACAGAUCCCUCAGGAGCGUACUGAUCAGGACGGAGAUUUUUGACUGGAAGCAGUACUUCUGUCUAAGUGUCGACAUGUGCCACAUGGACCUGAUAAGAAGUAUAGUUGUGAACAAAGGGGUGCCGAAUAUUAACAACCACAUGUGCCACAUGAUGAAGCUCAAAGAUCCUUCUAAACUUACCACGGAAAGGUUCUCCUUAACAGUGUCUUCGCUGGACGAGUCACACGUUGCUCUGGUCAAUAGCACCUGGAAAUUUGGCUGCGGUGAAUUAAGUGAGCGGUUCAUCAGGGAAAUGAUCGUGUACUUCCCUUCGUGUUGCCUGCUGGAUUCAGAGGGGCGACCGGUGUCCUGGAUCUUGACUUACGCUUCCUGUGCGAUGGGAAUGCUGUACACACUGCCUGAGCACAGACAGAAAGGCUACGCCAAAGCCCUGGUCACCAUAUUGGCAAAGAAACUACAUUCAGACGGCUACCCGGUCUACUGCUUCAUUGAGUUGGAGAACCAACCAUCGUACAGGCUUUUCCAAUUUAGGUUUCACCUCAGAUCCAUCUUACAGGGCUACUUGGUUUACAUGUGAUCAGUAAAAACAAGCUCAUUUAUGGAGAUAUUUGUUGGAUGAGAUUUUGGUGAUAUCACAUUAUUGUUUUAAUCAUUGAGACAUAUCAUUUUAGAAAAGCUGCUGUUGAGCUCUCACACGAACUAACCACAGAUAAAGUCACAGACUUCACACCUUUUCUUUAUUCUGAUGUUUGAUUUGAACAUUACCUGAAGCUCUUGAUAUGGACCUGCAUUAUUUGGCUGAUUAGAUAACAGUAGAAUUGGUGGGCAGCGAAUGUAUUUAUCAUUUACACACAAAAGUAAUAUUUUUUUUAAUCAGCCAACUUAAAUAUCCUGUGUGAUUCCUGUGUAUGUCCAAAUUUUUUUCCAUUCUUAGAUUUGUUCUACCGGUACAUUUUAAAGAGAGACAUAUGACUGAUCUGGUAAGUCUUAUUGCAAUGUGUCUUAUACUCCCUAGUGUGCUGUGGACCAUUCACUUUAAGUAGGCACAUGUCCUUCUAAAUGUUAUGUCAUGGCCCUAGUCACCAAACACUCUUUAUUUUAAUUCUUUUUUGAUUAUUUUCAAAGCAUCUUUGCUUUACAACAUUUACAAGACAAAGUACUGUAUUUUUGUUCUCUGUUUCAUAUCAAACCAUUAGCUAUUCACAUUUUUUACAGUGGGGUAAAUAAAUAUUCACAGUUCCAGUGCA